AUGUACCUGUCACCUAUCGUGCCUGUGAUCUUUCUCGGUAUUUGCCCCCUCUUCCUCUUGGCCUCCUACUACUUUCGGGACAUCCCGAGCAAGGCUUUCCCGCAUAUCAUCGAUGACGCCCGGGCCAGCGACAUCUUCUUGCAGUUGGUGCUUUACGCACAUGUCGCCUUCUACUUGUUCCCUUUAGUGCUCUUUGGUGCUUCGCAAACGAUCGCCGAAAGCUUGGUCGUGAAUGUGUUGACAUAUUCAACGGCCUAUCUUCCCUUGCUGGAAGAUGAUCGCCUCCUCACUUGCAUCUUCGCCACCUACGCAGUCUUUGCUGGCGUGGUGGCAGCUUCGUCGGAGACAUCCUUCACAGAAGGGAUGAAACACAUGCUCCUUCAGAACUUUGGCUACGCGUUCCUGAGCCGAUUCCUCGUCUUCUCCUUCGACUCACGCUUCUCGCCGACUGCAUUCGCAGCUGCAUGUUGA